UACAUAAGGGACCAUUUCCAGAACCCAAAUUAUGUUCCCGUCAAAACGAAAAACAAACAAACCCUCCCCAAUUACCCACCACCACCACCGCCGGUUCGCUACCGCCACUGGUUCGCCGCCACCGUUGUUUCCGUAAAGCUGCCGUCUCCCGUUUUAUCGUGUGGCACCUGGAAGCUCCAAGUCCCGAAUCUGCUCUUGGAAAGACUUUGGUGAACUACUCAACCGUCUCUCUCUCAAAGCAAAAUCAGAGCUAUGGAGAAUUCAGACACACCAGCAUGUGAUUCAAAUGCUCCUAAAGCUGAAGCUGAACAGCUGCCAGCAGCUCCAACUUCUUCAAGUCCCGGCAUUAUGAAGAGUGGGUUUGUGUUUUGGGCCUGUGAAUAGGAGAAGCUUGGGGCAGUUCAACCGUUUUAGUAAUGAAAGCAUACCUAUUUCCAUGCAGCAACUGAAGUUUCUACAUAGUUCUAGUUCCUUUUUUUGGGGCAAGCAUUAGACAGCAGUUGGAGUUCCAGGGAAGUAUUAAACAGGCAUUCCAUUGCAGUCCAACCUACUAAAAAAAUUCGGAGAACCUUCUGAUUAUGCAUGAUGCAUUGGGAUCCCAGUAGUAGAGCAUGGUUCUUGUCUGAGCAUCUAUCUGCUCCCUGUCCAGUACUAUUAUUAUUAUGCAAUUUUUUUAAAAAACCAUCCAAGGGGAAGAAUAUCAGAAAGCGUCCUGCGGUUGACGAGGGGGAGAAUGACGAUGCAGAGGGUGAUAGUUCAGUCAUAUAUACCAAGAAAAAAUCAGCGGUUAAUAAUAAGCUGCAUUUUUCAACUGGACCUUCAAAAUCCAACAAGGAUACUGAAUCCAGUGUGGAUUCAAAAGCCUCUCGUUUUCAUUUUGAGUCCUCUAAGGAAAUUCAAGUUCAGAAUGAUAGUAGAGCAACAGCCACUUUAGAAACUGAGACUGAGUUCUCGAAAGAUGCUCGGGCCAUUCGGGAAAGAGCUCUGAAGCAGGCAGAGGAGGCUUUAAAGGGAAAAAGCAAGGCAGGCGGUGAUGAGAAAUUGUAUAAGGGUAUCAAUCAAUACACUGAUUACAAAGCUGGUUUGAGAAGAGAACAUACGAUCUCUAGUGAGAAAGCCGGUGGAGCGCAUGGUCCUCUCAGGGCUUCUGCUCACAUCAGAGUUUCAGCAAGGUUUGACUAUCAACCAGAUAUCUGUAAGGACUAUAAAGAGACGGGAUAUUGUGGAUACGGAGACUCCUGCAAAUUUAUGCAUGACCGCGGAGAUUAUAAGUCUGGCUGGCAGAUGGAAAGGGAGUGGGAAGAAGCUGAGAAAGAGAGGAAAAGAAAAUUGGCUCUGGGGAUGUUGGAUGAGGAUGACGAGGAUGCAGAGAAGAGUGAUGAAGAUGAUGAUGACGCAUUACCAUUUGCUUGUUUUAUCUGCAGAGAGCCUUUUGUUGAUCCUGUUGUGACCAAAUGCAAGCAUUACUUCUGUGAGCACUGUGCAUUAAAGCACCAUGCAAAGAAUAAGAAGUGCUAUGUGUGCAACCAGCCAACCCUUGGGAUAUUCAAUACAGCAUUUGAAAUACGCAAAAAAAUGGCGGCUCAAGGAAAAUGAUGGAUCUUCUGCCAGUUCUCUCUUUCAUGAUGUGAUAGAAGUGGAUCUUGCUUUACUGAUUCACUUUUGACGUUUCGAGUUUGAAGCUGAUGGUGAUUGAUGUAUGAUCGUGAAGUUCUAAACUACACUGGAUCUGGAAGAUGAAGACCAGCACAUUGACUUGAACACCCAUUAUUUCCACCCACUCUCCUUUAAUGUGAAGAGUAUAAAGAUAUGUUUUGAUAUAAGUUUUUAGCUGAUAAUACUAAUGACAACUUGUUCGGAAUUAAAGCAUGUAUUUUUCCCUUUAUUGUAUGAUGGAUUUAGUGAAUGGUUCAUUUUCA